UAUUUUAAGUUAGGUUUCAAACAAGAGGAGGAGGUAUAUCCAACUAGCACUGAAAAGAUAAACGAAGUGUGAGAAGGGUUGGGGCCCAGCAGACCAAAGAUUGCAAUAUAUAUAAAGGGCUCAGAAAACAGUGCCAGUGUCAUCAUCAUCAUCAUCGCCAUGGCCUUAUCUCUAUCCUCCAUAUUCGGUGUAGCAGGGUCAAAGCCUCUUAACAAGUCAAUCUUAGAGCGGCAGACGAGAGUUAAGUGCGAAUUUGGGGAGAAAUCCUCACCAAAAACUUCAGAAUUGGAGAUAGGGUCACCCAUUAUCGUGAUCGAGGCCCCCAAAGUGUUGAAGACUGCGGCUUCGGUCCCUUGCCUCAGGGCUAAUGCCGGUCUGGUCAAGGCCGGAGACGUCGGGAGAGUCGUGUCCAGAAAGCCUAAGGAUGUAUGGGCGGUUAGGCUGAGCAUUGGCACCUAUCUCAUUGAUGCUAAAUAUUUCAAGCCCUUGACGCUUGAUUAAUGAUUUCACUACCAAGCUUCUACGAUGAUGUUCCAAUAUGUAGGUUGUGAGAUUUUACCUUGAAAACCUCCCUCUCGUUUGUCCUUAAAAAAAAGGCCUAGAAAAUAAAUUCUAUUUGAUAAUCAAGUACUAUUUCGUACUCAAGCAUUGCUUAAUCAAUAAUAGCUUGACAACAAUAAUCCAA